AUGCACCUCUUAACCUUCACCACCACCGCCACUCUCCUCGCCCUGGCCAACACCACCACCGCCUGGAGCGUCUGCCUCCACAGCCACUCCGACUUCGCGGGCUCAACCUACACGACGUCUGGCCCGGGGGCGCGCCUGCCACGUGACCCCGACGGAGCACCGAGCAACCCGACGACGCGGUGCAAGCUGGAGCUGUGGGAGAGCACGUCGUGUGAUGGGAACAGUGGGCCGUUUUUUAGUGGGGAUACUAAGUUUGUGUUGGGGUCGGAUUGGAGGAAUCGGCCGGCUUCGUUUUCGACUGAUUGUUGGGCUGUGUAA